AUGAGAAGUUCGUUUGAAAAAGGAGCGAAGCUAUGGGAACAGGAUACUUGCAUCAAUUUCACACGGAACCCAUUCGCCAAAGAUCGCAUCAUGGUAUUCCCGGAAGAUGGAUGUUGGUCUUACGUGGGAAAGCUCGGCGGUGAACAGAAACUGUCACUGGGACGUGGUUGUGAAACGGUAUCUAUCGCUGCGCACGAGCUGGUCACGCUCUUGGAUUUCUUCCAUACAAUGUCCCGACACGAUCGUGACGACUUCAUCACGGUAAACAAGCACAAUAUCAAGGUAGACUGGCUAAGUCAAUUCAAUAAAGAAACAACGAAAACCAACGACAAUUACAACAUGACAUACGACUACGGCAGCAUUAUGCACUACGGCGGAACUAGUGCAUCGUUCAACAAAAAGCCAACAAUGGUUCCGUUCGAUGUGGAUUAUCAGCAAACCCUUGGGUCUCCAUUCAUUUCAUUCAUCGAACUUUCAAUGCUCAAUGAACACUAUGGAUGCAAAGAAAACUGCAACAAAGCCACAUCCGUCAAAUGCGAGAUGGGCGGAUUUCCUCACCCACGAGACUGCCAGAAAUGCAUCUGUCCUGGUGGUUACGCUGGACCCCGAUGCACUGAGAGACCAUCAACAGGGUGCGGCGAUACAAUUAAAGCUUCGCCUAAUUGGACGACACUUGAGAAUACUGUUGGCCUUGGCCGUGACGAGCAAGAAGACUUUGAGACAUGUCACUACUGGAUUGAAUCUCCUAACGGAACCGAAAUCGAAGUGAGACUUGUGAAUUUCACAAAAGGUCUUUCUGUUGACGGAUGCAGUUACGCAGGUGUAGAGAUCAAGACCAAUGAGGACCAAACGCUCACUGGUUACAGUUGCCUCUCUCUUGUACCGAGUGGUUUCUGCAAGGGUACACUAUCGGAGGCUACCAAGAAGAAAGUGUGUCCAAGAUCAUGUGGCUUCUGUGAUUCUUUGCGUUAA